CGAAAACCCUAAGCGAACUAUCUUGAGUCGUGGAAAAUGGGUUUCUGCCAAACAUUUGACAACGUCCUUCCGCCAACAUUUCGCCGUUGGUUCGGGUUGGUGAUAGCAAUUUUCGAUGUUUUCGUUUUUGGUGGUUUUCAUUACGGUUUCAAUUCUCUCAUUGCCACCUUCAAAUCAGUUGAGGUGUUCGCUUACAACUGCACGCCGAAUAGAACAUGCGAAUAUUAUGAACAUAUGUUCGGAGGUGUUUUCCUUGUUUGGGUAGUAUCACAAAUGUGCCUUAUUGUACUUGCUGGUGCACUGAUGGAUAAGGUGGGGCUGAGAGUUUCAAAACUAAUGGCAGUUGUGAUGUACUCUGCCGGGAACGCAAUGUUCGCGUUUACAACUGGUCAAACAGUGCCUCUCUUCUACGCUGGUGGUAUACUUGUUGCCUUAGGUAGCAUAUGCAGCUUGAUAUGCAAUCAUCAAGUCAGUUCUAUGUUCCCACAGUUUCGCGGUCUAUGCAUAUCGCUUUUGUCUGGAGCAUAUGACUCGAGUACAGUUAUAGCUUUUGUUAUUGGGUUGACCUACGAGUAUUUCCCAUUCAAAUGGUCGUUUCUCAUCUUGGCUUCCGGCUCAGUAGUUGUUGGCACAUUCAUAGCACUAUUUAUCCUUACUCAGAAAUCCGAAGACAUGGGAAAAUUCUCGUCACUCAACAAGGAAGAUGAAAAUCUGUGUGAGAAAAUCUCAGUAGAAAGUUCGGGUGAAUUGGAUGUCCACGGCGAAAUAUCUUCCGUAUUGGAUAAACGCUACCCAUCUUUGACCAGUGCUAUAUUUUCCUUACCAUAUUUACUGAUUAAUAUUUGGUUCACUUUGGGUUUGUUUCGUUUCUCAUUUUAUUUAAGUCACUUAUCAAAACAUUUAAAUACUAUGUACGCUGGUAAUAGUGAACUUGUUAAGCAAUUAUUAUCUACCUCUUCACUGUUCUUCAUGUGCAGUUUCUUACUGUCACCAGCUACUGGUCUUAUGAUUGACUUCUUUCUUAAAAGAUCUCGCACAAGCAUUAAAAAUAUGCUCACUACCGGACGUGAUUCAGUGAGUAUUGAUAAAAUCUACUAUACUCUGACACUUGGCCUAGUCCCUGGACAAAUUCUUUUGGGCUUUGUUGCUGUUGCUUUGAGUGCAACAAUGUUCAUACCUCAUUACAUAGCGUCUUACGCAUCGUUUGUAAUCUUUGUUAUGCUGAGAUCACUUAUCUUCAGUUGUUUUAUAAGCUUUCUUUUGUCUGCAUUCCCUAUACGUUAUUUCGGCACAUUGAAUGGUAUCAGUAGUGCAGUUUCUGGUUUAAUAUGUCUCUCACAAAAUGCCUUCACAGGUACCAGCCUACUUACAGAUAAUAUUACGAAUACGGCAAUAUCGGCGGCGAUAAUAAUAGCACCGACUAUUUUCCUAAUUAAAUCAAGACAAUAAAUCAGUGAAUGUUUCAAUCCUACGAAUAGUGUGUAUUUGUAUUUUUAUAUCAAGAUCCGGGAUCAGAUUCCAACACUUCUAAAUAGAAAUAUAAACAAAUUCA